CUGGAUCGCAAAAAUGAAUCACCUGCUGCUCGCGCCGUCCAGGUGCUCCCGCCGAUAGGUUCGUCGGCUCCCUCCAUCCGCCGUGUCCUGCUGCCGCACCUCCCUGCUCCAGGCGCACAGGGUCGACACCUUCACCAGUGCCCCAGGCUCAGGCCGGUUCCUGCGUGGGAGGCGACGUGUCACGGCGGCGGCACCUGCUCAUGGCAGGGCGGAAGCACCCAGGAGAUGGAGGAACCUCCACGAUUCUUCAGCGAUAUUUUUGCAGAGAACCACGCCGAUCUGUCAUGGGAUCUCGACGGGUAAUAUUCUUGCCAUUUUCCCCUAGAGUUAAGGUAAUUGUAGGCUUGAUUUUGCAAAGGAAAUCAUACCCUAGUUCGUCCUGUUCAUAUUUGUGCCCCCUGUAUGUGUAGGAUGGAUCCUAAUUCGUCCUACAGGCUUGCUGUUCGAGUAGGCGCUUAUGUCAAAUUAACUGAUGAUGAUGGUCGUGAAUAUUGUAAGGCAUGCAACAUUCAAAAGAUUUUAGACAGGGAUAGCACAAACUGGAAUGAUUUGCUUCUUGAAAUUGCUACAGAAAUUAAGUUAGGCUCAAAACAAAAGUUGCGUGUCACCUAUUGGGAUAAUAUUAGUCGUAGCUAUGAAGAGAUUGCUUCUGACCAAAAAUUGCUUCAUGCAAUUGACAUGUAUUGGGAUAUAAGGAGGCUUUCAGUGCAAGUGGGUGUUAUAGGGAAAGAUGAUAAGGAUCACAUACGUGAUAUUGGCCGGCUGGAGAGCAUGCCUUGUGUUUUGCAGGGAAGUAGUGAUGCCCCAGCCAACCAAACUAUUGCACAACCUUCACUUGAAACUGACUCAUCUCUUGUAGAGCCACCAGUUCAUCAAAUUACGGAAGUGGCUUGGGUGGAUGAUGACCUAGAGUACGUUGGUCUGAAUGAUGAGGAUCUAAUUUCUGAUUCAUCGGAGUUUGAACCAGAUAGUGAUGUAGACUAUGCUGGUUCAGAGGAUGAAUUAGUUGUUCAGGAUGCAUUGGGUUGUGAGACAAUUAUCCAUGUAACUGACUUGGAGAAUCCGAAAAUAGAAGUUGGUGUAACUUUUGGGGAUGGUGAUACUUUCAAGAAAGCUAUUAGGCAAUAUGCAAUAAAAGGUGAAUAUGAAAUUGCAGCUCCAUAUUCUGAGGCAACAAGGUAUAGAGGCUAUUGCAAAGCUGAACAGUGCAAGUGGCGUAUACAUGCUUCACAAUUGCAGGAUGGAAGGACUUGGGAGAUAAAGAAGAUGCCUUUUGAACACACUUGUCAAAGCACAGGGAAAGUUGAGAAGAACUGCAUGGCAACAAAUCAUUGGGUCAAGGAUCGAGUUCUAGAUUGGCUUGCAAAGGACAAUAAGAUUGGAGCUAAAGAAUUAAAGAAAAGGCUAGAGGAGCAGUAUCAUCUGAAAUUGUCAUACUGGGUAGUUUGGGAUGGAAGAAAGAAGGCUUUGGAGCAACUCAAAGGGAAGUGGGAUGAUAGUUUUGAGUGUAUUUUCAGUUUCAAGACAGAGGUGGAGAAGACCAAUCCAGGCAGUUUGGUAGACAUUGAAUAUGAGAAAGUUGGGAAGAAAAUGAGGUUUAUUAGAAUGUUUGUUGCGCUAAAGUCAUGUGUGGAUGGAUUUUUAAAUGGUUGCAGGCCUUUCCUUGGUGUGGACUCUACUCAUUUGACUGGGAAAUGGAAGGGUCAACUUGCAUCUGCUACUGCUAUUGAUGGGAACAAUUGGAUGUUUCCAGUGUGUCAUGGUGUGUUUGGAUCAGAGACAACUGACAAUUGGGAAUGGUUUUUUAGUAGGCUUCAUCAAGCAAUUGGAUCACCUCCAGGCCUAGUGAUCUCAACUGAUGCAGGCAAAGGAAUUGAUUCAGCUGUUACUAAAGUGUUCAAAAAUGGGGUUGAGCAUAGAGAGUGCAUGAGACACUUAGUUGCAAACUUCCAAAAGCGAUUUCGAGGUGAAGUCUUUGAGAAGCACUUGUGGCCAGCAUGUAGAGCUUAUCAAAAACACAGGUUUGAAGAGCACUACAAUCUAAUGUAUGAAGCAUGUCCUGAAGCCAUGAAGUGGAUACAUAAUACUCAUAAUCACCUGUGGACACGACACUUCCAAAAAAGGUUGCUGGAAUUUGAAGCCUCCAUAGAGCCUGUUACCUGUGCAGCACUAUCUCCUGUAGGCUUCUUGGAGAAGGGAAAGGCAAAGAAGUUGAAGGUUGUCAGGUCUAAGAAAGAGUAGAGAGUGUCAGAUCAGUACCAUGUAUAGUUUUGGUAGCAUCAAGAUGCCAGAUGUGGCUUGAAUCUGUGAUUUCCUUUUGUUGAACCUGUUGAAGGACAGGGGUAUAUAUGUCUUUUAUAAAUGUAUUGAUACCUGUUUGAUGAGAAUAUGUUAUAAUAUGUGUUAUAGUGUCCAGCACCAAAUUGCCAUAGAGUAAUAAUGUGUUCUGUCAAAGACAUGUUUCUUUAGUGUGUUGUGGCAAAG